AUGGAUGGGGAGUUGCCGGAAUACGACAGUGAUGUGCAAAAUAUGUUGGACCUCUUCAUCACAAGCGAGCAGGGCCACCUACUCCAGCACGAGAAAGGUGAUGAGAUGCAUGGCCUACUGGGAGCCACUACCAACAUGGGCAACACUGACGAUGCCAACGCUGCUGCUGCAGACGAAGGCAACAAUAACGAUGGAGAGACCAAUAGUGUGCAGAGAAUGAUGACAAGGCAUGCAAAUUAUAACCGUCUCCGUGGAGAACAAAUCCAACAACUUGAAGCUGUGUUCCAGGAAAGCCCUUAUCCAGAUGCGAAACUCCGGAAAGACCUUAGCGAGAGGCUUGGCAUGAGUGCCUUGCAGGUCAAGUUUUGGUUCCAAAACAAACGCUCCUCCAGCAAGGGCAAGAGGCAACUACAGGACACCAAGAAUCUUCAGGGAGAUAACCAAAUGCUAAAACAUGAAAACCAAGCCAUCAAGUGGGUCGUUGAACACAAGACAUGCCUCAAAUGCGCAGGGGUGAUGCUAAAAACUCAGGAUACCUCGGAGCACCAACGCCUGUGUACAGAGAAUAUGAGGCUCAAGGAAGAACUCCGCCGUGCCACCGCCUAUCUUAAAGACGGUCUCUACCGUAAUGGCAUGUGGCACCAAUUUACCCGUGACUAA